GCAACGCUCCAGCCGACGAGCCGAGACACGGACCGAGAAAAGGAACUGUAGCGAGCAGAACGCGUCGCGAGUCGCACAGAAAAAGAAAGUUUUUGGCACAGCAAAUGGCAAAGAAAAUUGUGUAGUGGGCAGCGAGCCAGAGCCACGAGCCUGAGGAUUGUGCUAGGAUACGCAAAAAUCCACACGAACCCCUAUAUCAUUCCGAUAGAAAAGUCGCGUAAGUCGCGUAAAAAUCCCAUUCGUGGCGCGAACGCGUGUGCUGUGGCUAGGAAAAGAGGAUAUAUAGAUGGAAAUUCCAUUCUUUGACCGCAAAAGGAUGUAGAUAAAAAGGGAAUGUCGACCAUUUCAUUAUUGUGCCUUUACCUGUAAACGUGUCUGUGUCCGUGUGAAAAUAAUAGCUUAAAUCGAGAGUGCCAGUGCAAUUUUUCAAUCCCUGCAUCCCCAAACCGUUUGGCAGCAGCAGCAGCAGCAGCAGCAGCUGAAGGAAAAGCAGCAGAGGAAAAUCGGCAGUGGAAAAGCUGAAAAGCAGAGCAGCAUAAAAUCAAUAAUUUUUGCUUAAGCAGCCGCAGCAGCCGAAAAAAAACACGAAUCCUUCGCAGCAAACAUUAACUAGCAACAACAAAGGACAACGAGAAAAACAACAACCUUUCUUUUUAUAGCUCGUCGUCCUGCCAGCCAGCCUGUCUGUGUGUGUGUGUGUGUGUGAGAGUCUGCUCCCCUUUCUCUCAGUGAGGAGAAUGUGCGAGUGUGUGCGGUGGGCCAGAAGGUUACACUCCCCCUCGCAUUUGCAUUAGGCAGACAGCGCUAAGAAUCAGGAAGCAGCGCCCAAGAAGAAAAUACAAGUUUUCCCCCGUGGAAAACGCUGAAAAGUAACGGGGAAGCGCAGUCUAUUAUUGCAUUACAACAACAAGCACACACACAGCUGGCAGCUCAAAUUACAUAAAUAGCAGCCAGGCAGCACUAAGCCCAAGUACAACGAACUGCAGAACUGCAACACUGCAACACUGCAACACUGCAACAUUGCAACAUUGCGCCAUUGCAAUUGCAGCAACAUUAGCUCCUAAAGACCCAGCCGAGAGACCCACAAACCUAUGGACAAUGCCUAUGUCUACUACAAGGUAUUGUACUUGUACCGCCCACCGGAAACAGUCACCCAAUCAUCCAGUCAGUCAGCCAGACAACUGUGGCAACUGAGGUCCGCGAAACCAAAAACCAACAGCGUCUCAUCAUCCAGUCAUCACAACAGCUCAGCUCGAAAUGUCAUUACUCACCAUUCAGCACACAAGAACAGAACCUUCAACUUCAUUCAAAAGUCAAUCAGCCCAAAGGCGACUCGCAUAACAAACCAACCAAAGCCAACUCAAACUAGAGCCGAAGCCAAAGCGACGAAAUGCAUCUAACCGAAAUGUCUGUGGGUGCAAAUUCCAGGGGUGGUUAUGGUACUGCAUAAUGGGUGUAGUGUAAAUCAAUGGGCUGGCCGGCCCAUCAAUGGGGCCGCCGCAGUAGGCGCUGCAAGGCACCCAGACACCGAAAGCCAUUUAAAUGUCCUGUCAAGGCGUAACAUGAGCAACUCCUAAAGGGGGCGGAGAUGGAGGUGGGGUGGGAAAAGCAAGAAAAUGCUAAGAGAGAGAGGGAAAGGCUAUAAAAACUAAGCACAGAGAAAAAUAGGUCUUAAAAAAGUAUGGGAUUCAAAAUCAAGAGGAAAAAUAUCAUAACAUUCCAAGUUUACUGCAUUUUCCUUGAAUAUUUGAUAAAUGCUAGUCUAUAAAGUAAGAUAUAAAAUAAAAGAUUAGAUAUACUAAAUAUUUAAUACAUAAAUUUGGUUUAUUGAACCUAAAAAUAUAUAUCCAAAAAUAUUUUAAUAUCAAAUCGAAUACCUAGAGCUGUGAAUUUAUAUUUUGUUUGAAAAAAGAGUGACCCCAAAACAAACAAAACUGGUUAAACUUCGUCUGUUUGGCCUGUCCUUUUGUGGCCUCGAGUUGCAAAUUAAAUUUCACACAUACAGUGGCACACAUCAGCGCACACACACACUCACUGACAGACUAACAAACUAACAGCAUUUCGGGCUAACACGCACACACACUAAUGCACGAGUACUGGCUAAAAAGGGGAAGGCGCAUUGCCUGCUUUUCUGCGUAAUUAGUGAAAUUCGGCAACAGGGCUUGCAGAAAAGUGCAAGAAGCAUAGACAGCACAGGCGCAAAUAUAUAGCCUUAACACCCCCCCAAAGCCUUAACCCUUUGGCAUCCGUGCUCAUUAACUGAAAAGCCUACCGAAAUUCAACAAAAAGCGAGCACCGACAGGGAUGCACUUCAUAAUGUGUCACUUGAAAUACAUUUCCAUCAGGCACGUGCGUGGGGCAAGAGAUGGGACAGCCACUGACAAUGGGUUAAGGGGGGCUGGGCUAGCUGCUAGGGGUGAUGGUUAGUGGAUGGCAGACAGGACACAAUGGGGAAAAGGACUCUGUCUGGCCUUGCGCGCACACGAAAAAAGGGGAAAACACAUGCACAAACGAAACGAAACGAAACGUGAACGUGAUGAUUUGUCAUGAUUAACGCCAGGGAAAAGGGGAUCCCCAUUGAAAGCGGGACUUCCCCUCGACCACUUUAAUUUUUUGCAUUCCCUUUGUUUGCUCACAUGUCAAUGUCGUCGGGCGGGGGGUGCAGUCCUUCUCUCUCUCCCCUCUCUGCUUUCUUCGCCCCGUCCGCCCCGUUCUCUCGCUUUCCCUGAAGGAGUCAUAAAAGUGGAAAUUGUUUUCCCCAGCUUUAUGCUUUCUUUUCAGUUUGCAAUACUCCGUUUUAUGUGUUUGUUUUUUAAUUUUAUGAUUUCUGCUGGGCACGCAACGAACGAAAAUAGCAACAAAAUGCUUGAAAAGCCAGAAAAUACACUCUGCUACAUGUGUUCGGCACUUAACACACUUUACACACACAGAUACACUCACCACCCACUCGGCUUUUGAUUUCGCCCCUUACUUUGGCUUUGUUCUUCCUUUCCCCCUCUCCCUCUCUCUCUCUCUCUCUCUCUCUCUCUGCCUCUCUCUCUCUUUGUCUCUGUAGCCCCUCUCUUUUUUUGUAGCCCCGCACAAAUACACGUGACGUAUACGUAACCUUGUAACCAAAAUGUUGUUAUUUCGGUUCGCCAUUUCCAUGUGUUUGUGUGUGUGUGCGUGGGUGAACAAAGUUCUUGGCAUUAUUUUAAGUGUUCUGCUCACCUGUGCUCUCCUUCUCUCUCUCUCUCAGCCCCCAUCUCCUACUGUCUCUUUCUCGGCAUCAUUUUCCAAAUUUAUACUAAUCUUUGUUUCGCUCCGAGCCCUAAAAUAUGUAAAUGUGUGUUUUGUGUCUUAAUGUUGUUUGUGUAAUCGUUUAAAUCUAGUAUAUAGCUUAGUUCUCCACACUCGCUUUGUACUUUAAUUUUACUUAAUGACCCCACCACACACACGCACACACACACCCCAUACACACUCACACAAUGUUUGUUAAACUUUAAACUUAGCAUUUUGAACGGAACGCUGAUUUUUGAACUCCUUUUUCUUACUGUUCUUACAUAAUCAAAAAGUAAUAUAUAACAUUUAACCAACACACCAAAGAGCAAACCUUAGAAAUCAAGAUAAAAAAAUCAAGAUAUCAAAAAUCAGAAAGCAAAAUCCCAACUGAAAUGAUCAGAUACGAAUUAACAACCAUUAGUGAACUGUGAUCUGUUUAGCAUACAAGAAUAAUUCUUUUGUCAUUUUAUUGCCAAAAGAUGCAAAUGAUUUUUUCACGAAACCUAUCGAUUGUAAUGGCUCCAAUAAUUGGCUUUAUGAACCAAAAUUAAAUCCACACAAAAAACGUAGGCAAGCAGUCUUGACUGAUAAAUAACCGAAUCAAGCGACUCAAUUAAUGAAUUCAAAAUAUAUAUUUGUUUCCAGAAUUGAUCUUUUUUAAUUACAUCAAAAAACAUAUAUUUUGUUGUUGUUCUAAAAGCUAUCACCAAAAAAAAAAAACAAUUGAGGAAAUGCAAUGACAAAUAUGAAAACAAAUUUGUUUACCAAGAAUCGAAAAAAACGUAUGCAACUAUUUACAAUAUGCUUUUGUAAUAUUUUCGCACGAUACCAAAAAAAAUAAUAUCAAAAUAAGUAUAACUAACAAAAAAGGACCAAAGGGAAAGCAAUAACAAAUUGAUUAAUACUUCGAGUAGACGGAAGAAAGGAAAGAAAAGAAGAAGAAAGCGAAUCUUUCAUUUACUGACAACUCUUUGACGAUAAAAUGAUAAAACAAUUACGACGUGUAUAUAUAUCCACAAUAUGGCUAACAAACAUAUGAAUAUAUACUCUACCUCUCUGUUUCUGUCUCUGUUUCUCCCACUCACUCUCUCUUCCUCUAUGGCUCUCUGUAUCUCUCUGUCUCUGUCGCUCUUUAUAUAUAUACGAAUAUCAGCAACUACAACUAUAUAUAUAAAUAUGUUACUCUGCAGUAUGUUGUUUUUGAUAUUGAUUGCGUUAUAUUCCGCUUACGACAGACCGAGACCCAAGAAACCCCCGAUCUUCCGCCCCACACCCACCAAAAAAUGAAAAAGAAACCCAGAUUCCAAGCCCUCCUCAAGGCCGAAAAAUAGGCAACAAUUGUUGCCGUGUCGUUGCACCUGACUCACACACAUUCACAUGUGUCUGUGUCCACAUAUGGAUGUGUGCUCGUGUUUGUGUAUGAUAUAUUACUUUUUGGUUUUUGUAAAUAUCGGACUUACCAACUAAUCUUAAGAACGUUGACCGGAUCCACUCGAAUUCGAACUCGAACUUUCACACAACACGCAAUGCAACAACUACAACACUCUAUUGAUGGUGGGUUCCACUCGCACACUCUCACACACUCAAAAACACACACAGUUCUGACCCUCUCUCACCAACACAAGUACACUGGAGAAAACACUCUCUGAGGAAAGGAUGAAGAAAAGAUACUCUGCUCUGUCUGACACUCACUACUUGCGUUCUUUCCAUCUCUCUCUCUCUCUAUCUAAGUCUCUUUGUAACCGUCUCUCUCUAACUCAAUCUCGAACUCUGACUGUCUCUUUCACACACACACUCUCUCUCUCUUUCACUGUCUGUCUAAACAACUAUAUGAAUAUAUAUUUUGUUUGUUUUCUCCAACACACCGAACCAAAUUAUUUAACAAAUAUACUUUUGCACGUUAUUUCUAUAAUGCAUCUGAACUAUAUAUUGUUAUACGAAUAUUUAUGUUUCUUUUCUGCGUACAAACAAGAUACCAAAAGCAAAUUGUACAAAACAAAAAAUACCGAAAUACCAAAAAUACCCAAAGAUAUACCUGAGAAAUACGAAAUCAGAAUCCGAGUUGCAUUUGUAUGCCACGUUGAUCACACAAGCCAGGUCAAAACAGCGAAAAAAAGAGAAGCAUCGACACACACAGAUACUCCACACACACACAGGGACACGCACACACUCAGAUACAAAGAUACAGCCAUCCACACAGAAAUAGAUACAAAAACCAGCGACAUCCUCGUGGCUGUCAUCCAAGUGACACACAUUUCAUGUUGCGCCUCCUCUUCGCCCCCCGAAACCAAACCCAAAACCACACCCCCUUUCUCGCACACACAUUAAACUCACACACACACACACACACACACACACACUCACAACUACGCCCAACCCCCCGCCCUUGUUGAACUUUUUUUGGGUGCCAACAAGAGCCGUUGAAAGUGCCUCAGAACUAACUAUCUAACUAACCAAAUAAAGCCAAACGAAAGUUAACCGAUGGAAAAAACGAACCAGUACCGAAAAUCAUAACUCAUAAUCAACAAAUCUCAUUCUAUUACAAAACCCUAUUGUAAAUUAAGCGCAAAAAGUGUAAAAAGUCGAACAAGUAAAGAUACAUACAAACUGAAGAACUUGUAGAAAAACAACAAAAAUAAUGAUAACAAGAACUAAGAAAAUGAAUCACCUUUCAAGUAUGGGGCCAGAAUAGUCCAUAGCUAAUGUUUGUUAACCCACGAUCAUGAUCAUGAAAGCAAAAGCAAAAGCAAAAGCAAAAACUGCCAAGAGCUGCGUGAGCGAAACCGCAUCGAAGCCGGAAAAUCAAAACAGAUAACACCAGACCCAACAACAGACCCAAGGGAGAGAGCUCUCUCUGUAGACACCACAGAUAUCAGAUAGAAACAGAUCAAACAGCAGUCGAAUAGGAAACCAACCAACCAAAACCCAACCACCAGUCAGUCAGUCAGUCACAGCAGUUACAGCAACCAACCAUUUGAAAUCGCCCCGUUUCAGAUGUACAAUCCCUACUCGGGCGCCAGUGGAAGCAGUCCCCCCUUGCCGGACAUUAUCGGGCAGUACUACGGGCCGGGAGCCCUGGGACCGGGCCCCCUGUCCUACGGCUCGGGCAAUGGUUACGCACCGGCGGGCUACGACCUGUACGGACUGUACGAUCCCCAGGUCUACGGACCUUGUCAGACCUCGCCCAUCCGCAGGAGGCGCUACAGCAUUGCCGGCCUGCCCUCGGCCACCAUGUACAAUGAUGUCUACGGCUAUCCAGCACCGCCGCUGCAGCAGACCAGCUCCUCGAACAUAGUGAACCUGCUGAACGAGGCCCACAAGUCGAUAUCGCGCAGCUCACAGAUCCUGAACCUCACGAAUCAGGCCCGCCAGUUGGGUCAGCUGGUGACGACGCCCCUGGGCGGUCCCGUGGGCAUGGGCCUGGGUCGGGUGGUCUCCAGCUACCCCACUCUGCAUCCGGGGGACACCUCGCCGCCGUACCUCAACGACAACCUCAUGCAAAUGUCCACGAGCUUCUCCUCGCAGCCCAACAUGUACUUCCAGCCCCAGGGGCAGCAGGUGCAGCAAGUCCUGCCCAGCCAACUGACGGCGGCCCAGAGUGCCGCUGCAGCGGCGGCCCGUCUCCGGCCGGCGUACUCCUUGACGAACCUGGUGUCCAGCUACCCGACGACGACCACGGCGGGCUAUGGCGGCUGCAAGUACGGGGGCUAUGGGAAUCCGUACCAGAGCGAUUUGGGCUACGGCAAUCCACUGGCCCCCUUCCAGCAGCGCCAGCUGAUGGCCCACCAGUCGCUGCACGCCUCCAAUCCCGCCAUUUCGCAGUAUUACCAGAAUCAGGGAUUGGGAUCCGGAUCGGGGGCAACGGCGGCAGCGUUGGCCUACAACCUGCAGCAACAGUUCGCGGGAACGCAGCACUACGGAGGCGGAUCUCAGGGCCCACCGUUGGGACACUCGCACAUCCAGGCGUCGGUGCAGCAGCAGAUGCAUCCGCAGUACCAGUACCAUGUGCACCAGCAUCAGAAUCACCUGCAGACACAUCCGCUGGCGGCGUUGGCCAAUACGAGCGGACCGUUUGGCGGAACGCUGGCCAGCAGUGCCAGGGACUAUGUGGACGGACUGCAUCAUGCGGCCCACUCACAUACGCAUCCGCAUACGCAUUCGCAUCCGCACCACUCCUCGCAUCAUUCGCAUCACACGGCAUACCCGCACUCGCAUUCGCACCAUCAGCAGCAGCAGCCGCAUCAAGCCCACCAUCACCACCAUCUGCCAUACUCGAAACUAGACUUAGAUUACCCGAAACUGCCGCAAGAGCAUAAGCGACAACUGGACGAAUUCCGUCUUGAAAUACAGAGAAGGGAUCAAGAGAUCCUGGCGAUGGCGGCCAAAAUGAAAACCCUUGAGGAGCAGCACCAGGACUACCAGCGGCACAUAGCGGUGCUCAAGGAGUCGCUAUGUGCCAAAGAGGAGCACUACAACAUGCUGCAGACGGACGUGGAGGAGAUGCGCGCCCGCCUCGAGGAGAAGAACCGCCUGAUCGAGAAGAAGACCCAGGGCACCCUGCAGACUGUCCAGGAGCGGAAUCGCCUCACCAGCGAGCUCACCGAGCUUAAGGACCACAUGGACAUCAAGGACCGCAAGAUCAGCGUGCUGCAGCGCAAGAUCGAGAACCUGGAGGAUCUCCUCAAGGAGAAGGACAACCAGGUGGACAUGGCGCGAGCCCGCCUGUCGGCCAUGCAGGCCCACCACAGCAGCUCCGAAGGCGCCCUGACUAGCUUGGAGGAGGCCAUCGGUGACAAGGAGAAGCAGAUGGCCCAGCUCCGGGAUCAGAGGGAUCGCGCCGAGCACGAGAAGCAGGAGGAGCGAGAUCUCCAUGAGCGCGAGGUGGCCGACUACAAGAUUAAGCUGCGGGCCGCCGAGAGUGAGGUGGAAAAGCUGCAGACGCGCCUCGAGCGGGCAGUCACCGAGCGGGAGAGGCUGGAAAUCAAGCUGGAGGCCUCGCAGAGCGAACUGGGCAAGUCAAAGGCCGAGCUUGAGAAGGCCACGUGCGAAAUGGGCAGGAGCAGCGCCGACUGGGAGUCCACCAAGCAAAGGAUCGCCCGAUUGGAACUGGAGAACGAACGGCUGAAACACGAUCUGGAACGUUCGCAGAAUGUACAAAAGUUAAUGUUCGAAACGGGCAAGAUAUCGACAACGUUUGGCAGGACCACUAUGACCACGUCCCAGGAACUGGAUCGAGCCCAGGAGAGGGCCGAUAAGGCCUCGGCCGAGCUGCGACGCACCCAGGCCGAGCUGAGAGUCACACAGUCGGAUGCGGAGAGAGCACGUGAAGAGGCGGCCGCCCUGCAGGAGAAGCUGGAGAAGAGCCAGGGCGAGGUGUACCGACUCAAGGCGAAACUGGAGAAUGCCCAGGGCGAGCAGGAGAGUCUGCGCCAGGAGCUGGAGAAGGCGCAGAGCGGCGUCUCGCGCAUCCACGCCGAUCGCGACCGGGCCUUCUCCGAGGUGGAAAAGAUCAAGGAGGAGAUGGAGCGCACCCAGGCCACGUUGGGCAAGUCGCAGCUGCAGCACGAGAAGCUGCAGAACUCGCUGGACAAGGCCCAGAACGAGGUCGAUCAUCUGCAGGACAAGCUGGACAAGAUGGGCACGGAGAAUCGUCGCCUGGUCCUCGAGAAGGAGAAGCUCACCUACGACUACGACAACCUGCAGUCGCAGCUGGACAAGGCCCUGGGCCAGGCAGCCAGAAUGCAGAAGGAGCGCGAGACCCUUUCGUUAGACACGGAUCGCAUUCGCGAAAAGCUGGAGAAGACGCAGGUGCAACUGGGUCGCAUCCAGAAGGAGCGGGAUCAAUUCUCCGACGAGCUGGAGACGCUCAAGGAGCGCUCGGAGUCGGCGCAGACCCUCUUGAUGAAGGCCGCCCGCGAUCGGGAGGCGAUGCAAACGGAUCUGGAGGUCCUGAAGGAGCGCUACGAGAAGUCGCACGCUAUCCAGCAGAAACUCCAGAUGGAGCGUGACGAUGCUGUGACCGAGGUGGAGAUCCUCAAGGAGAAGCUGGACAAGGCACUGUAUGCCAGCCAAAAGCUGAUCGACGAGAAGGACACCUCCAACAAGGAGUUCGAAAAGAUGCUGGAGAAGUACGACCGGGCCCAGAACGAAAUAUACCGCCUGCAGUCCCGCUGCGAUACGGCAGAGGCGGAUCGAGCCCGCCUGGAGGUGGAGGCGGAACGAUCUGGGCUGGCAGCCGGCAAGGCUCGCGAGGAUCUGCGCAAGCUGCAGGACGAGAGCACCCGGCUGCAGGAGGCCUGCGAUCGGGCGGCGCUCCAGCUGAGCCGCGCCAAGGAGUGCGAGGAUAAUGCGCGCAGCGAGCUGGAGCACAGUCGCGAUCGCUUCGACAAGCUGCAAACGGACAUCCGCAGGGCACAGGGCGAGAAGGAACACUUCCAGUCGGAGCUGGAGAGGGUCACCUACGAACUGGAGCGCGCCCAUGCCGCCCAGACCAAGGCGGGCGCCAGUGUGGAGGCGGCCAAGGAGGAGGCCGCCCACUAUGCCGUCGAGCUGGAGAAGAUGCGUGAUCGGUACGAGAAGAGCCAGGUGGAGCUCCGCAAGCUCCAGGACACGGACACCUUUGGCCGGGAGACGCGUCGCCUCAAGGAGGAAAACGAGCGGCUGCGCGAGAAGCUGGACAAGACCCUCAUGGAACUGGAGACCAUCCGGGGAAAGUCGCAGUACGAGUCGGAGUCCUUCGAGAAGUACAAGGACAAGUACGAGAAGAUCGAGAACGAGGUGCAGAACAUGGAGUCCAAGCUGCACGAGACCAGCCUGCAGCUGGAGCUAUCCAAGGGCGAGGUGGCCAAGAUGCUGGCCAUGCAGGAAAAGCAGCGAUCCGAACUGGAGCGGGCCCACAUCGAGCGGGAGAAGGCGCGGGACAAGCACGAGAAGCUGCUAAAGGAGGUCGAUCGUUUGCGCCUGCAACAGUCCUCGGUGAGCCCCGGCGAUCCGGUCCGAGCGUCGACUUCCUCAUCCGCCGCUCUGUCCGCUGGCGAGCGGCAGGAGAUCGACCGCCUGCGGGAUCGCCUCGAGAAGGCUCUGCAGUCGCGCGACGCCACCGAGCUGGAGGCCGGUCGCUUGGCCAAGGAACUGGAGAAGGCGCAAAUGCAUCUGGCCAAGCAGCAGGAGAACACCGAGUCCACGCGCAUCGAGUUCGAGCGCAUGGGUGCGGAGCUGGGACGCCUCCACGAUCGCCUCGAAAAGGCGGAGGCCGAGCGGGAAGCGCUGCGUCAAUCCAGCCGAAACGCAGGAGCCGCAGCUGCCCCCCACCCACAGCUGGAGAAGCAUGUCCAGAAGCUGGAGUCCGAUGUCAAGCAGCUGGCGGUGGAGCGGGAACAACUGGUGCUGCAGCUGGAGAAGAGCCAGGAGAUCCUCAUGAACUUCCAGAAGGAGCUGCAGAACGCCGAGGUGGAGCUGCAAAAGACGCGCGAGGAGAACCGCAAGCUGCGCAAUGGCCACCAAGUUCCACCCGCCGCUGCCGCCGCCCCACCACCCGGAGCCUCUCCCGCCGAGAUCCAGGCCAUGCAGAAGGAGAUCCAAACGCUGCAGCAGAAGCUCCAGGAGUCGGAGCGCGCCCUGCAGGCAGCUGGUCCCCAGCAGGCUCAGGCUGCAGCGGCAGCGCAAGGGGCGAGUCGCGAGGAGAUCGAGCACUGGCGCAAGGUCAUCGAGCAGGAGAAGGGUCGCGCCGACAUGGCCGACAAGGCCGCCCAGGAGAUGCACAAGCGCAUUCAGCUAAUGGACCAACACAUCAAGGAUCAGCACGCCCAGAUGCAGAAGAUGCAGCAGCAGAUGCAACAGCAGCAGCAGCAGGCGGCGCAGCAGCAACAGUCCGCAGCAAGUGCCGGCGGAGCGGACGCUAAGGAGAUGGAGAAGAUCAAGGGCGAGCUCCAGGCAGCCUGCACCGAGAGGGAUCGUUUCCAGCAGCAACUGGAACUCCUGGUCACAGAGCUGGAGAAGAGCAAGAUGUCGAACCAGGAGCAGGCCAAGCAACUGCAAACCUCGCAGCAGCAAGUGCAGCAACUGCAGCAACAGGUACAACAGCUCCAACAGCAGAUGCAACAACUGCAGCAGGCCGCCAGUGCGGGAGCAGGCGCCACCGAUGUGCAGCGCCAGCAGCUGGAGCAGCAGCAGAAGCAACUGGAGGAGGUGCGCAAGCAGAUCGACAACCAGGCCAAGGCCACCGAGGGCGAGCGCAAGAUCAUCGACGAGCAGCGUAAGCAGAUCGACGCCAAGCGCAAGGACAUCGAGGACAAGGAGAAGAAGAUGACCGAGUUCGAUGUCCAGCUGCGCAAGCGCAAGGAGCAAAUGGACCAGCUGGAGAAGUCCCUCCAGACGCAAGGCGGCGGAGCAGCGGCAGCCGGCGAGCUCAACAAGAAGCUCAUGGACACGCAGCGACAGCUGGAGGCGUGCGUCAAAGAGCUGCAGAACACAAAGGAGGAGCACAAGAAGGCGGCGACAGAAACGGAGCGUUUGCUGCAAUUGGUACAAAUGUCUCAGGAGGAGCAGAAUGCAAAGGAGAAGACCAUCAUGGAUUUGCAACAAGCCUUAAAGAUCGCUCAAGCCAAAGUCAAACAAGCACAAACGCAGCAACAGCAGCAGCAGGAUGCUGGGCCAGCUGGCUUCUUGAAGAGCUUUUUCUAAACAGUGCCCCCGGAAAACCAAAGAUUCACACAUCUUCAGAUGCAGAUGAUGCAAAAGGAAUACACCCGUACUAUUUACCCAAAGCGAUAAUGGAAAUCCAAAAAGCAGCAAGAAAUUAUCAAAAGCACUGUCUACUAUUUUGUAUACUACCGAUGCCGAUACCAAUACCAACUAUGCAGUAUUUCUACGACUCACACAUACACUCGAUACACACACAGACACACACACACACAUUUGUAAAUGACACCAUGUAAAUGCAAUGCGAAAUGCAAAUUAUUUGAUAUUUAUGUGUAUUGUGUAAUUAGGUUGCCGCUAUACUCAAAUUGUGGAUGCAUUUAAAAGUCAGCUCGUAUAGCGUACUUUGUAAACUCUCUUAACUCUCUCUAACUCACUAACUCAAUCCUUUUUCGAACUCAAACUCGAACUCAACUUAAAGUUUAUCGUUAGUCAAGACACCUUCUAAGCCCCACUUUCCCCCUGAGUGCUUUCUGUCCUUCACUUUCUCUCUGUCGGUCGGAGCUGCGGAACGUAGACUACGUCCUCGGGCACUGCAUCCACCAAUCAAUCUUACUAUAUGACCCCUAAGAUCCACCCAUACCCCCAUCAGCCAUUAGUUUUCCCACUGCGCGAAUGUGAUGAAAUCGAAACAAGAAGAAAAGCUAAGGAGUAAUGGCAUUACAAUUGAUGAAAAGGCAACUUUGGACCCAAAGUGCAGCAUGUACUUACCAUUAUCGAGGAUAUAAAUAUAUAUGUAUGCUAGCCUCUGUUAUAGUUAGUUAAACAUGAAAAUCGGCUUAUCAUACACCCACAAUCACACUGUACAUAAAGCAUUGGCAUCAGACUCAUAACGGAAAAGUAUAGAUACAGAUACGGAUACAAUAUGUAGAGCAAUAAAUGAUAAACCACAGAUAAUACAAAUACGAUAUAGAUACGAGUACCACAUGUAAAAUUAAUACGAUUAAAGAAAUUAUAUUGCAUAGCCUUUAGCCGUGUACCAAAGAACUAUCAAUAUAGACCCCGAAAAGAGAACAGAGAUCACUACCUAUCAUUCGUAUCAGCUAAUAUGGAUAUUACCGAUAAAAAUAAACUCGAACAUCAACUACAAACAAGUGCAAUCUCUAUUUUAAUUAGUUAAAUGUACACGAUAUCCCCACGUUCCUUAGCCCCAGACUAAAUAGAUCGAGUCCAGUACGCAAGCUUUACCCAAGUCAGCUGUGAAUGCGCAUUAGUACGAGUACUUAUAGUAGAUCGAUAGUUCCACUCUAGGCAAGGGUCGCUCGUAACGUUGCUUUUGGUUUAGAUAAUGGCAGAAAGUGUUAUUGUUAUCAGACAUUAAUGAACCAUACCCAUAUAAAGCAUAUUUACAUAGCUAUUCAGGAAUAGUUGCAAAGAUGUGUACAAAUUAUAGAGUACCAUAUUUGACUAGCUUAGUGUUUUCAUUUUUGUUCCAUAUAAUUUAGAAGAAGGUAUAAAUUUGGGAGAGGAAACGUAUGGAGGAGUUAUCACUGCCAGUGUAAGCAAAAUAUUGAUAGAAUGCAAAUUCGAAGUUCGUUUAAUCAUAGGGCUUAUCAUUAGACCUCAUUUGACUUUCGGUUACUGUAGAAAACCAACCACGAAGACAUUCAGCAAGAGACGAGGAUAAACACACAACACAAUCAUAUCAUACGAGCCUAUAUCAUAGCCCCAAGAACGAAAGGAUAGUAGACCCUAGAGGGAAACUGUUUAGCGCUUUAAAUUACCCUCGGAAAUUUCCAGAUAAUAGAAAUUCAUAGAGAACCUCCACCACUUAGGUAAUCGAUUAACGACCAACUAAAUUACGAUAGAGCUGCACUCUUUGCUUUGAUUUCGGUUCUGCGAUCUUUCGAUUUGUGUACAUAAGUUAGGGUCCUCUCUUUCGCCCCUCUUGCGCCAAAAAAGUUCCCCAUUAAGUUCCUAUACCAGGAACCUAGGGUUUUACGGUGCAGCUGAAGGGUAGGAAACAAUACGAGUUCGCGAGUCAAGUAAAAUUUAGUAACAUCUUCAUGUUCGACAGAAGUGUACAUAGGUGUCUAGUUAUGUAAGCAUAACAGAAGCUGUAUAAUAUAUGAAAGUUUACCAUAUACGUUACAAUGUAAUCAUCAAUCUAUAUGCAGACCAUUGAGAACACGAGAACAAUUAACUAUCGACAAAUCAAACCGAACAAACUUCACCGUAGAACACGAAACUCUGGCUACUGGAGCUAAUGAUAAAAUUACACACCACGUUGACAAUACAACAACCCACAAAAACACGUUAACACUAAACAACCUUUUUGAACACACCAACACAAUGACGAUCCAUAAGCGCUAGAUGGAAGCCAACAUAUCCGAAUCAAGAUAGCGAACAUCUCAUGUUAACUGGGGACAGACCAGAUAUCAUACAUCUAUUUGUAUGAACCGACAUUUUCAAAUCGAUUUCCUAACGCUUCGAGUUGAUGUCUUGGUCACUUGGUCCCUCAGUCACUUUCACCUUCGAUCUUCGAUCUCGAUUUCCAGUUGUUGAAGAUGAAACGUUUGCCUUUAACUACUUAACUUAACUUACCACGUAUCGUAUUGUUAGCCUAGAUAGUCUCAAUUACAGCAGCAGCAGCAGUGACGAACAAACUGAGAAUAAGAACAUGAACUAACGGUCUAUCUACUAUAGUAUUUGCCGUAAACACUUUAAUCAUAUUAUCCCCGCCGUCGUGUACCCUACUUACAAAUACAAAUACGAAACUAACGGAUAGCAAGGAAAGCUUCGACAACUUUUUCUAUACAAAUCUAGCGAAAAUAACAAGUAAAUCUAACAAACAAGAAACCCAAAUCUCGAGUAAUGUAAUUUAGCAAAUUGUAAACUCAAUAUAGGCACACACUCUCUAUCACAGAACAGAACCGAGUAUCAAGCGAGAAAUGAUGACAGAUUAAAUGAAUUUAAAUGGGAAGGUCUCGAUCCAGAGUCGAGCGUAACCUAACGGUAAUGAUAAUGCAAGCGAAGAAUUAACCCCCGUGUGUACUUCUCUGUACAUAGACCUAUAUAUAUAUAAACAUUUACGACUAGAGCAAAGCAUACGAUAGAUGAAUAUAGGAAUAUACGGAUACAAAAACAUAUACAUAGCAGAUAUGAAAAGAGAGCGCAAAUUAUAUAGAUACUACAGCAUCAUCCAUCAAAGAUCAAGGCCGAAGAUCGUAGUCAGAGCAAAAACUUGGAUAGAGAGGAGGAGGCAGAGCAGAAGUGUACACCUAAGCCCCACAAAGAGAAGUCCCCAAACUGAAACCGAUACCAAAAUAUCCGCAGAGAAAUGAGAAAUGAAAAACAAAAGACGAACAACAAUUUCGUGUAAACAUUUUUUUAAACAAGUUUGGUGAUCUACGAUAUUGGUAAUAAUUAUUGAUAAAUAAAAUUAAAUAAAAUAAAAUGAUAUAUAUACAUAUAUACAUAUAUUAUACAAAUAUAUGAAGUAAAGCCUAGUGCUCAGAACGACAAUUUUUUGGAAAGUGAAGAGAUAAUGAAUUUACACAGUGUGCCCAGUCAAUAGAUUAAAAUCACCGAUAGUUGAACGGCCACACUGUCGCAUUUCUUUUUAAAUUUUGGCCCAAUUUCAAUUAAUAUUUUAUGACUCUAUCAAACUUUGCCGAUCUGAGCACUGGACUUUAAGCAGGAGUAGGCAAAAAAGAAUGGAAACAAGGGGAGGCAUACAUAAAGUACGAGUAAAUAUUUAUUAUAUAAUGUUUUUUAAGUAACUUAUAGUAAGCCAUUAUAUAUACACACAUAUAUAUAAAUUAUACAUAUAUGAAACUACAUAAGUUUACAAGGUAUAUGACAAAAAAAAACAAACAACAAAAAACAAAUUAAGAAUCAACCACAACAACAAAGAGCAACAUAAAAGGUAAAAAACAGAAAAAGAACGCAACCGCAGAAACUAAACAAAGUAAAGGAUUAGAGAAGAGGUGGGAAAUAUAAUAAUAAUAAAGUAAAUAAAUUUAUUAUAUACAUACAUACAUAGAAGAAUAUUACAAAUGGGAGAAAGUCGAGCAAAAUGAAAGCGAGAUGAAAAUGAUUAUUUGAAACAUGUUCAUUAUAUAUAAAUGUCAUUACAAAUGUUCUUCAAAACUGCCUACCAAUAAAAUAUAUUUCAAAUAAUA